GCGGAGGCUCCUGCAGCGGUCGCCGGCUGUGGGCUCUGGAGCUACUCUGCGCCCCUCGGCUCCGACCCUCUCAGCGUUCUCUGACGCCAGUUCACCUCGCUCCUCGGCAUCAUGACCACCACCACCACCUUCAAGGGCGUCGACCCUAACAGCAGGAACAGCUCCCGGGUCCUGCGGCCUCCAGGUGGUGGAUCCAAUUUCUCCUUAGGCUUCGAUGAGCCAGCAGAACCACCUGUGAGGAGGAACAAAAUGGCCUCUAACAUCUUUGGGACGUCUGAAGAAAAUCCUCCUUCUUGGGCCAAGUCUGCAGGUGCCACAUCUAGUGGUGGUCGGGAAGAUUCUGAGUCAUCUUUGCCCCAGACAAGGAACCCUUCCGAAGCCAACCCCGGGGACUUUUUAGAUCUGAAGGGAGAAGGGGAUAUUCAUGAAAACAUGGACACAGACCUGCCCGCCAGCCUGGGACAGAGUGAGGAGAAGCCCGUGCCUGCCGCCCCAGUGCCCAGCCCGGUCGCGCCGGCCCCCGUGCCAUCCAGAAGAAACCCGCCUGGUGGCAAGUCCAGCCUCGUCCUGGGUUAAUGCCAACUGUCUGAACUCCGUCGUUGUGUCUGUCUGUUUUCCCCAUGCUUGUGAACUGCACAUCGUGAGCCUGACUGUACAUCUUUUGGAUUUUGUUUCAUUAAAAAAGAAGCACUUUAUGUA